AAGAGACGGAAUAGGACGGAGGAGGAGAAGGAGCGCGCGUUGCACACACACACACACACACACACACACACCUGAUCAACAGAGGACAGCUACAGGUUGUCUCGCGCCACGCGCGGGUUUAGGUGGACACCUGGGGACAGGACGGGACAGGACGGGACGGGACAGGACGGGACGUGCAGUCUUCCCUUCGGUCUGCAGAGCACAGACAUGACCCGAGCUCUCUGACAGCUGCUGCUGGAAGGCCCGGCUGAUGAUGAAGAAGAUGAAGGUGAUGAUGAUGACGGUGGUGAUGAUGAUGAUGAUGAUGAUGAAGGAGCUUCUCCCGCUCCACGCGCUCCACCAGCCGGUCUGAUAGUAAGAUGCCACCGGGCCCCGGAGCUCGGCACGCGGCUCGGAUCGAGAACAACCCGGGAUAAUAAAACAAGAGGAGACUCAGCAGCCACUGAACAGCAGAGACCCAGAACCCGGACCGGGACCAGCCGGGAGGGAGAGCCCGGGAUCAGGGAGCUCUGCGCCGGGAGCAGAGGUGCACCGAGCCGCGUCAGGAGCCAGACAGCUGGAGCACAGCCGACCGUCAACUGUCAGCUGGUGUUUCAACAUUAAAACAACAUUGAAUCAACGUUGAAUUCUGAUGGUUGUAUAAAGGUCAGCAGUGAUGCUGCUCCCGCGCCUCCCGGUCCUGUCGGCGCUCCUGGUUCUGCUGCUGGCCGCUGGACGCUGCACCGCGGUAACUGUGCUCCGGGGCUCAGGUACCCGGAUGGAGGGGCGUCCAGACGGACGCAGCCUGCUGGAGCUGGUCGGCCGGUACCCGAAACCGAGGACCGAGACGGCGGUGGGACUCACCAGACAUGGAGUGAGAACCCCGGAGAAAGAAAACAGGUCACACCAGGGACUGGAGGGUCACCCCCGAGAUCCUCAACACAAGGAAAAGUUCAUCAGACACCUGACAGGUCCUCUUUACUUCAACCCAAAGUGCAGGAAACAUUUCCACAGACUUUACCACAACACCAGAGACUGUACCAUACCUGCCUAUUAUAAAAGAUGUGCUCGUCUGCUGACUCGACUGGCCAACAGCCCCCGCUGCAGCGAGAGAUAAACACAUGCCUCUGGACAGGAAGUGCCGCCAUGUCAAUGAACAGGGUAGCACACCCUGAUGAGGCCCAUCCACUGAUGAGCAGCAGAGGUUCUCCAGCCAAGGGAACCUCCUCUGAGGAACCACUGUGAUGACUCUGAUUCCCUACCAGUCUUCAGAACGCACUGUUCUCUGUCCUGUUCCAGCGUCAUUAUUAUUUAACCCACCUGUCUAUUCAACUUCUGUUCUGUUGAACAACUUGUCCACGAUCUUCUACGAGGUUCUUCUGUUCUUCAUGAACAUGUUGUGUUCUCCUGGGUUCUGCUGAUCUCCACCUCUCAUUCAGACUGAAAAAAGAGAACAGAUUUCUAUUUUUCUAAAGCGAACAUCCGUCUGAUGAUCUCAGGUGAUUCUACCAGUUUCUACUGAAGCUGGAAUGAAGUGGAAUGGCGCCUGAAGAACAAGAAGAACAUCAGAUUUGGGACCAAAUGUUUUUCAGGGUUUUGUUUCUCUUGUUAUUUCAGACACCGCCGACGUCUCGGAGGAACUAUAAAUGGACAAACCCUCUGAUUGGACGUCGGCUGAAUGUGUUUGAUGUUCCUGGUUCAUCAUAAGAACAGUGAUUAUAUUCAGUAUAUUUAUAUGCUUUCAGAUGCAUGUGCAAUAUGUACAUACUGUCAGAGAAUAAA